UGUCAACGGUGUCAACCUUGUGUCAACACUUGUGAUCUUGUGAAUUGUGUUGUGGAUAGUUUAUAAAAAUUAGUUAUAUCCAGAAUAUUUUCAAAACUUCCCAGGGCCAGUGAAAUGGCUUCUUUGUUGGAAGCCGAGCGCCCAAAUAUCCGCAUUGAGAUUGAAAAUGAUGCGGUCAAUUCUGAACAGAUGGAGGUAGAUGAGGACAGACUGCUGGAAGAAAACGAGGAAGGCGAAAUUAUAGAUGACGAAAACAUAGACAGUGUAGAUUUAAGGAGCAAUUUGCAGAUAAGCAUACAAACGAAACCAGAUAUUGUGGACAAACUAAACACAAAAACUAUAUUCACCACUGGGAUAAACAUUUUCGACAAACAAGAGCAAGAGAAGCUACAGGUAAUUUUUUGUAUAUUGCAGAAUUCACAUCAUGACUGAGCAGAAAACAUCUCAC